GGAGAACGGUAAUAAUAUCGGAGCAUGCGUGCAACGAAACGCAGAAAAUCAAUUGUUAGAAUUUACCUGACGUGCCGGCAGAUGUCGCUUGAACUCUAAAUUUUCUGUCUUGGGUGGUGAUAAGAUUAUUUUGCAAGGGACAAACCACAUUUUCGAGCACAAUGGCCAACCUAUUACUGCGCCGUGCGCUGUUAGAUGCAGUCCGCGUACCUGUGUGCGCCCGGGCCUCCUCCUCCGUUGGUGAGCUUGCCAAGAUCGGCAAUCGUGAGUGGGUAGGCUACGGCUUCAACGGCCAGCCCAACUAUGUAGACAGGCCCGACUUCCCCAUGCCCGCCAUCAGGUUCCGUGGUGAGACCCCCGAUGUCAAGGUCCUCCGUGAAAAGGAAAAGGGUGACUGGCGCAAGUUGACCCUGGAAGAGAAGAAAGCUCUGUACCGUGCUUCCUUCUGCCAGACCUUCGCCGAGUUCCAGGCGCCCACGGGCGAAUGGAAGGGAGUGGUCGGCUGGUCACUUGUGUUCGCUUCCCUGGCCGUCUGGAUCUAUAUGGGCAUGAAGCUCUUUGUAUACAGUCCCCUGCCAGAGUCCCUGAACGAGGAGAACCAGAAGGCGCAGCUGAGGCGCAUGCUGGACCUCAAGAUGAACCCCGUGGACGGACUCGCCUCCAAGUGGGACUACGAGAACAACCGCUGGAAGUAAACUGGCUGAAGGUGUCAGUUGGGUGCUAUGCCUGCAGCAUGCUCCGGGCUAGAAUAGAGACAAAUGUAAUAUAAGUGAUAAUAUCUGUGUAAGAUAAAAUAAACUGCAAUUCCACACGA